CCGCGGUCAAGAGGCUUGCGAGGCGAGGGACGCUUUCACGAGGACGCCGGGCAGCUUUUGGUGUCCGGCCGGGCUGUGCGGAGAUGGCGGCGGCGGCUCUGCUGGCUGUGGUGGACAGGAACCAGUUGCGGCGGGUCCCGAUCCUGCUGCGGCAGCCGAGGGAAUGGGCUUGGAAGCAGAGAACCAUGAAGUAUGGGACAACCCCAGGAAGAAGCAUUGCCAAGGUCCUCAUUGCAAACAGAGGAGAAAUUGCAUGCAGGGUGAUGCGAACAGCCAAAAGGAUGGGCAUACAGUCUGUGGCUGUUUACAGUGAGGCCGACAGGAACUCCAUGCAUGUGGAUAUGGCAGAUGAAGCGUAUUCCAUUGGCCCUGCUCCGUCUCAGCAGAGCUACCUUGCAAUGGAAAAAAUCAUUCAAGUGGCCAAGAGCUCUGCAGCACAGGCCAUCCAUCCAGGAUAUGGGUUUCUUUCAGAAAACAUGGAAUUUGCUGAACUCUGUAAGCAAGAGGGCAUUAUUUUUAUAGGUCCUCCUUCAUCUGCAAUUAGAGAUAUGGGAAUAAAGAGCACAUCCAAGUCCAUCAUGGCGGCUGCUGGAGUUCCUGUUGUGGAAGGUUACCAUGGCGAGGAUCAAUCUGACCAGUGCCUGAAAGAGCAUGCUGGGAAAAUCGGGUACCCUGUUAUGAUCAAAGCUGUCCGUGGUGGAGGAGGAAAAGGCAUGAGGAUCAUUAGAUCCGAAAAAGAAUUCCAAGAACAGUUAGAAUCAGCCAGGAGAGAAGCUAAGAAGUCAUUCAAUGACGAUGCUAUGCUAAUCGAGAAGUUCGUGGACACACCAAGGCACGUGGAAGUCCAGGUGUUUGGUGAUCACCAUGGCAAUGCAGUGUACUUGUUCGAAAGAGACUGCAGUGUGCAGCGCCGCCAUCAGAAGAUCAUUGAGGAGGCCCCAGCGCCUGGUAUCAAUCCUGAUGUAAGAAGAAGGUUGGGAGAGGCUGCAGUCAGGGCUGCUCAAGCUGUCAAGUACGUGGGAGCAGGAACUGUGGAAUUCAUUAUGGACGCAGAGCACAAUUUUUAUUUCAUGGAGAUGAACACAAGGCUGCAAGUGGAGCAUCCUGUCACCGAAAUGAUCACAGGAACUGACUUGGUGGAGUGGCAGUUCAGGAUUGCAGCAGGAGAGAAGAUCCCCUUGAGCCAGGAAGAAAUACCUCUGCGGGGCCACGCCUUUGAGGCUAGAAUAUAUGCAGAAGACCCUGAUAAUAACUUCAUGCCAGGGGCCGGACCGCUGGUUCACCUGUCCACCCCUCAGGCAGACAUGUCUACGAGGAUUGAAACUGGAGUACGGCAAGGAGAUGAGGUCUCGGUGCAUUACGACCCCAUGAUCGCAAAGCUCGUGGUAUGGGCUGCGGAUCGCCCGUCGGCCCUGUCGAAACUGAGGUACAGCCUUCAUCAGUACAACAUUGUCGGCUUGUGCACCAAUGUGGACUUCCUGCUCCGGCUGUCUGGCCACCCAGAGUUCGAAGCUGGAAAUGUGCACACUGACUUCAUCCCUCAACACCACAAGACACUGCUGCCCACUCACAGCGUCAUAGCCAACGAGGCUGUGUGCCAGGCAGCUCUGGGGCUCAUCCUCAAAGAGAAAGCUAUGACCAGCGCUUUCAAACUGCACACCCAAGAUCAAUUCUCUCCGUUUUCAUUCAGCAGUGGGAGAAGACUGAAUAUCUCUUACACCAGAAACAUGACUCUGAGAGCUGGUAAAACUGAUACAGUCAUAGCUGUGACGUAUAACCGUGAUGGGUCAUAUGACAUGCAGAUUGGAGAUCAGACCUUCCGAGUCCUUGGUGAUCUUUGCAGUGAGGGAGGCUGCACCUACUUGAAGUCUUCUGUUAACGGAGUAGCCAGUAAAUCCAAGUUCAUCGUCCUGGACAACACCAUCUAUCUGUUUUCCAUGGAAGGCAGCAUUGAAAUUGGCAUUCCCGUACCCAAGUACUUGUCUUCAGUGAGCUCAGAAGGGACUCGGGGGGGUGCUAUCGCUCCUAUGACCGGAACCAUUGAAAAGGUGUUCGUGAAAGCUGGGGACAGAGUGAAAGCCGGAGACUCUCUGAUGGUUAUGAUCGCCAUGAAGAUGGAGCAUACCAUAAAAGCUCCAAAGGACGGCAAGAUAAGAAAGGUGUUCUUCAAAGAAGGGGCCCAGGCCAACAGACAUGCACCGUUAGUGGAGUUUGAGGAGGAGGAAUCAGACUGACGCACGCCAUAAUGAACUGUGUCCAUCACAGAGAGCUGCUGCACAGCGUCUUAGCUGCCUGGAUACAGCAAGUGCCUCUUCAGUCUAAAUCCCGGAAAGAGGAGCUUUAUUAAAUAAGAUGAUGGGAUUGGAUGAAAGCCCUUUCGUACUCACAAGUUAUCUCAAAAGAUUUCUUAGAAAUAAAACUGAGCUGUAUUUUUUUUUUUUUAAUUUUGGGAACUAAUGUUUGCCUUAAAUCUUACAUGUUUACUCUUUUAAGAAUAGGGUAGAGGGCAGCUUGAUCUAAAGAGGAGUCAGAAGGAAAUGCCAUGGAAAUGAAUGGCUCCAGUUACCCUGAUGAAAACAUCAAUAGAACAUAAACGUCCUUCAGAGACAGGGUCCCGAGCUGAACUCAACCAGGGUAACUUGAGGAAUUUAAGACAUGAGCAUUAUUUGUUUCUAGACCUUGUGUUUGGAACGUUUCUCUUUAGAGUCUUCUGCCUUUAUUGUAUUUGUGGGGAGCCUGGGGAACCCCGAGUGAGUGAAAGUCUUGACUAAAUGUGUGCUGUUGACCUGGGCACAGCCAGGUCAAGGACCUUAGCCUUAGACUCAAGGAAAAUGGCACUCCCCCAUCUUGAGAUUCCCCUUGGGGGGGGUAGGGAGUGAGGUGAUGGAGGAAGGUCAUUGGCUAAUAAAGAAACUGCUUGGCCCUGAUUGGUUAGAACAUAGGUGGGUGGAGUAAACAGAACAGAAUGCUGGGAGGAAGAGGAAGUGAGCUCAGAUGCAGGGCAGCUCCUCUCAGAGCCAGACGCGAUGAAGCAAGCCGCCAGGUCAGACAUGCUGAAUCAUCAGUAAGACUGAUGCUACACAGAUUAUUAGAGAUG